AUGUUUUUCCCACUCCCAGACAAUUUUUUCGAAUUGUUACAUUCAAGGUAUGAUCAAGCACUCGCUGAUGGUUUGAUGAAAUUUAACGGUGACGAUGUUAAGAAUGAAUUGCUCGAAGUCAACUUGGGAAAUUUUACUGUAAAUUUACAAUACAGCACCAUAUACUCAUUGAUGCAUAGACCUGAAAAGGGUGAUUUCAAGGCUAAUCCUUUCGAAGAUCCCGAACCUGAGUUGACCAUCGUUGAAAAUUUUGGUGAUAAAAACCAGUUUAGAAUUGUCUACAACAAAUUUCCUGUAAUACCAAGACACAUCAUGUUGUUGACCAAACAAUUCAAACCUCAAACCACACCAUUAUCUCCUGAUGAAUUGGUUGGAAGUUUCACCAUUUUGAAGAAAUUGGAGGAGGUUGACCCUAAUAAUAAGUGGUUUGGUUUUUAUAAUUGCGGAGAGGACAGUGGUGCUUCACAACCUCACAAACAUGUGCAGUUCAUGACUUUACCAGAAGGUUUCAAGGCUUUCCCGGAAACUAUUAUCGAAAAGUCGGACGCUUUUAUCCCAAACACCAAAAGAGAACCCUUGCAAAAUGCCAACUUGCCGUUUGCUCAUUUCAUCGCCAAAUUUCCUUCAUUGGAUGACAUGGUGGAAGAAGAUUUAAUCAUGUACUUCAUGUCAUUAUUGCAAAGAACCUUGACUGUUUUGAGAGAAAAUAAAUCUGAAUCAAUCAGCUACAAUGUGGUUUUCACGACCGAUUAUAUGAUGAUUGUUCCCAGAUCGCAUGGGAAAUAUAAGGACUUGGGUAUAAACUCUUGUGGAAUUUUGGGAUUAUUCUUGUUUAAAAAUGAUGAAUUAUUGGAGACAGUCAAGGAGGAUACCCCAGAAGCUGUUUGGAAAUCUGUUGGUUUUCCAAACACGUCUGGGCAAGAGUCUGACGAAUACCAUUAUUAA